AUGGCACAAAUAAAACCUCUAACGGCGGAACUGCAAAAAAUUGCCAUAGACGAAUUAGGUGAAGUACCUGAAAGAAUCCCAGAAGAUUUGUUAGCUUUAAAAACAUGGAUACGACAGCAACCCCACUUAAGAGCUCGUGAUGAUGAUCAAUUUUUAAUACAAUUUUUGAGAGGUUGCAAAUACAGUUUAGAGAAGGCGAAAGUAAAACUGGAUUUAUAUUUUUCGCUUCGGACCAAAUAUCCAGAAAUGCUGGCAGUGUAUGAUGUAGAUGAUGCAAAAUUUAAAGAGGUCUUUCAUUUGGGAUGCUUCACUUUGUUACCCACACCUCUGAAUGAAAAUGGUCCUCGCAUCUUAUUCUAUCAGUACAAUUAUGAUGCCACUAAAAUGACAAUUGAAGAAAUGUACAAUCCCACCAGUGCCAUGUUGGAAUUAACCAUACUCACCGAUCCUUAUGCUGGCAUACAUGGUUUGGUAUAUAUUUUUGAUAUGGCCAAAGCCACAACGCGUCAUAUCUUACAACUGACACCAAAUGUUUGCAAAAGAGCUGUAACAUAUUUGGAAAAAUCAUUACCGCUUCGGGUACGGGGUGUGUAUUUUAUAAAUGUGCCCAACGCUGCACUACGUAUUGUGAAAUUUAUAACUUCCCUGUGUUCGGAGAAAAUUCAAAAGAAGAUCUAUGUCUUGGGGCACAGUGUUAUGGAUUUAACCCAAUAUAUUCCUCUAAAAUAUUUACCAAUCGAUUAUGGUGGCGAAAAUGGUCUGUUGCGUGACUUAAAUCGGCAAUAUUUCAAAAGAUUUGAACAGUAUCGAGAUUAUUUUAGAGAAAAUGCUCAAUAUGGUACCGAUGAAAGUUUGAGAGUUGGGGAAAACUUCGAUUUGGAUGGUUUGUAUGGCGUGGGUGGAUCCUUUCGUCAAUUGGUUGUGGAUUAG